GAACACUUAAGGAGUUGGCUUACUGAUCCAUCUGCAAGAGAUCAAUUUGUUUUAUAUCAUAGUGAUGAUGUUCAUAUUUUUUGGAACAAAAAAAAAGAGCCACCAGAAGAAGUUUAUAAAAGAACCAAUUGGACAGAGACUUAUGUUCAAUGGUCACCAUUAGGAACAUACCUUGCAACAUUUCACAGACAGGGUAUUGCUUUAUGGGGUGGAUCAAGUUGGAAUAAGAUUACUCGAUUUUAUCAUCCUAAUGUAAAACUUAUUGACUUUUCACCAAAUGAAACUUAUCUUGUUACAUGGAGCAAUGAACCAAUAAGCUUGGGACCUAAUGGAGGCCCAGGAAUACCUUUUGGACCAGAUGAUGAAGGAAAUCAAAUUAUUAUAUGGGAUGUUCGCUUUGGUGUGUCACUCAGAUCUUUUCCUUCCACAACAACAUCACCAACAGGUGAACUAUCAUCUCAAAAAAUCAUAUGGCCAAUAUUCAAAUGGUCUCCAAGUGACAAGUAUUUUGCUCGAGUAACACAAGAUCAACAAAUAUCUGUUUAUGAAACUCCUGAAAUGGGCUUACUUGAUAAAAAAAGUAUAAAGAUUGAGGGU